GUAUACAAGCUAUCGAUUGGGGCCGCUUGCACUCUAUCCUGGCCGUCCGAUCGGAUCAUAAUCCAAAUUCUGGAUGAUUCCACGGAUCCAACGGUCAAGACGGUACUGGUAUGACUGUUCUCUAAGGACAGAAAGCAGACAUAAAGUUUAGACUUUUGAGGUCGUACGCUCAUCACAAAAAUGCAACUUGUCUUUUUUCUAGAAAUGCUAGGUUAGCAUCUCGUACUGAAUGCUCACAUGGAAAACGUUCUUCGAAAAUCCUGUUAGGCUCAGAUGUCCGAUCUUCCAUAACGUGCGGUGGAGGACCUGCCAAUUGCAGUUCGGGAAAUUCUUCGUUAAAUACCACUCUGGUGUAUGUAAAUGAAAUAAACCGGCAGCAAGAAUUACUGCAACUUCCACCCGAGCUCCAAAAUAUUUUUUUGUUAAGUUGUCAACUGGUCAUCUUUUGUUAUUUUCUCAUACAUUCUCUCAUCUUUCAGGGCAAAUUACUAAAAUACUCACGUGCAUUCCUUGAUCACAUAAUGUUUAUUGAAUUAAUUAUUAUAGAAUAAACUGGGCACUUUGAUUUUGCUAUGUUGUUUUUAUAUAUUAUAUAUGUUGUAAAUUAUGUGGAGACAAAUACAAUAGUGCUGUGGCCACAAGGAGAGCAAUGUGAAAUAGCACUAUAAUGUAAUUGCAUACUUGGUUCAUUUGAGUAUAUUGCAGCUGUUGAUGAAAUGUGUGCUGGAAAUAAUAUCAUUUUCCUGUCUAUCUACAUAGAAUAUAUUAGUAUAUACUGGAUUUUUAUUGGGAUACUUGCCGAGGCCUAUGUAUAAUCAGAGAACACGGCAUUUUCAUUGGGAUCUUGGCUUUUAAUGAAUUCAACUAAUUGCUGUAUCAAAUUUUUCUUGAGUAAAAUUACACUUUUGGAGACUAGUAACUUGGUUGUGUAAGGCUGUCCAACUCUGUUCAACGAGUAGAUGAGCUGGUCAGGUUGAGCGAACAAAUUGGGACGGGUGGAUCAGAUAGACAAGAUGGGCUGCUUGGAUAGUGUGCCCCAGUUCACCUGUCUUGAUGGGCCAAUCAGAUUGCUCUAUGGGGCGGUCAGGAAGGACACACUAGUUUGACUGAUUGUACUAGGUAGGCUAGUAUGAUUGGAUCAGUAAUCGGACAGAGCAAACAGACUAUAUGUAUUAAGCAUGUCAUAUUGGUUGAAAGAAUCAGAUAGACUUGGAUAGAUUAAAUUAUUCAACUAACGUUAUUGAAUUGAAAUGAACUAUAUUCCCUUAUUCAGAAUUCUAUUCUCACUCAGAUUUUGUCCAUCCUAUUCUAUUGUACCAAAUGCAGCAUAACAAAAUGGACCACUAAAUAUAUUGAUAUAUUUCAGUUGCAUGUUUUAGUGAGAUCUUGGAUAUGGCUAAAAGCUCUGCCACUAGUCUCUUUUCCUUAUCAAGGCUUAACAUUAUUAAUGACAGACUACUCAUAUCUUGCCAUGCUGCCAUUUGUUUUGACUAAAGCUACUGCAUUUAUUUUAAAUAGAUUUUCAUUUCAGGGCAUGGUGGAAAUUGAAUGCAGGCAUUGGGCAAGCAAAGGCAUUAAUAUACACUAUGAAGUUAGGAAUAACAGGAAAGGGUACAAAGCUGGUGCAUUGAAACUGGGAAUGGAACAUAGCUAUGCCAAAGAAUGUGAAUUCGUUGCCAUUUUUGAUUCUGAUUUCCAACCAGAAGCUAAUUUUCUCAAAAGAACCAUUCCUUUUCUUGUUCAUAAUCCAAGGAUCGCACUUGUUCAAACACGAUGGCAAUUUGUGAACUUCAGUGAUUGCCUCAUGACAAGGAUACAAAAGAUGACAUUGGAUUACCACUUUAAAGUGGAGCAAGAAGUAGGUUCAUCCACCUUUGCAUUUUUUGGCUUCAAUGGGACUGCUGGUGUGUGGCGUAUAUCUGCAAUUAAUGAAGUUGGAGGCUGGAAGGAUAGAACCACUGUUGAGGAUAUGGACUUGGCUGUACGAGCAACUCUCAGAGGCUGGAAACUUUUAUAUGUGGGUGAUGUAAAGGUUAAAAGUGAAUUGCCCAGUACUUUCAAGGCAUACCGGCGCCAGCAGCAUCGUUGGACUUGUGGAGCUGCACACUUGUUCCGGAAAAUGGGCAUUGAGAUAUUAAAGGCCAAGGAAGUAUCAAUAUGGAAGAAAUUCCAUCUAACCUACAGUUUUUUCUUUGUAAGGAAGAUUGUAGCCCAUUUAGUCACAUUCUUUCUAUAUUGUGUCGUGAUCCCAACAUCUGUUUUGGUUCCUGAAGUCACCAUUCCAGCAUGGGGAGUAGUGUAUAUUCCUUCUACAAUUACCAUUUUGAAUGCCACAAGAAAUCCUAGUUCCCUACAUCUUAUGCCAUUUUGGAUCUUGUUUGAGAAUGUCAUGGCCAUGCACCGGAUGAAAGCAACUAUAAUUGGUCUAUUGGAGGCUGGUACUUUUGAUGAAUGGAUCGUCACAGAUAAGCUGGGAGAUACCCUCCAGGAUAAAAUUAGAAUCCCAUUACUAGAACGGGCUUCAACCAGUCUAAGGGACAGAUUGAACUUACCAGAACUUGGGUUUGCUGCAUUCCUGUUUCUUUGUGCCUGCUACAAUCUUGCCUAUGGUCAAAACUACUACUAUGUUUAUAUCUAUGUUCAAGCCGUUGCAUUCUUGGUUGUUGGCUGUGGCUAUGUUGGAACCUUUAUCACAAACCCGUAGCUAUGCUGAUGCAGUUUUAUAUAUCUUGACAAAACUUUUUGAGGAUUACUGACUGGAAACCAUUUAUCCAGUCAUGAUUAACAUUGUUUAUGGAAGAAGCUCAGGAGAAUGUCUACCACUACAUAAUGACUUUGUACGAGAGGCAAAGUUUUUGGAAGCUUCAUUGUUUCAAUUUUGUUCAACCAUUGAAUUGCUCUGAUUCCUGUGAGUCAUAAGUUUCUGUUGUCGGGAUUAAACAGCAGAAAUUGUUUAGACGCAUCAAACUUCAGCCGUUUGCUUGAAAAAAAAAAAAUUAACUGAUUGCGUUAUGUUCC